AUGUUCAAGGGCAAAGUAUAUCAGAUGACGUCAUUACCAUUCGGCUUGGCCACGGCACCGAAGGUAUUCGCCAGCCUGUCGAAUUGGGUCACCCAAAAAUUAAGGGAAAGAGGUCUCAGGGUAAUAGUAUACCUAGACGAUUUUUUGUUAGCCCACCAAGACAAGCAGACGUUAUCGGUACAAGCAAUCGAGGCUGUACACCUCCUAGAAACCUUAGGAUGGCAGAUCAAUUAUGCGAAGUCCAUACUGACGCCACAAAAAAGUCUGGAAUUUUUAGGGAUCACAUGGGACCCGUGGCACGGGAUAAAAAGCCUCCCAGAUGCGAAAUGCACGGUAUUGAAAGAGAAAAUACUUCAAGUUCUAUGUCGACAGUCUGUUCGACUAAAAGAAAUUCAAAGCCUCAUAGGUCGCAUAAACUUCGCAAGUUUUGUAGUACCACGUGGUCGCUUGAACCAUCGCGAGCUAAUCCAAUUCUCCUUGAGCUUGCCGGCCAACAAUUUCUCUCGCCGCUAUUGGGUCCCCAAGCAGAGUCUAAAAGAGUUAAAGUGGUGGCUGAGACAUCACAACUGGCCGUCUGCGCGGCUAGACAAAUGGCAACUAUCGGGCAGAUGGUCACCGCAAGAGACUCUCCUACACUCCAACCAAAAGGAAAUGCUCGCUGUGCUCCACGUCUUGCGAGAACGCGGUCCUUACCUAAAGGAUUCGUCUGUGAUGUUACAAUGCGACAACAAGACGACAAUAGCGUACUUGAGGAAGGAAGGCGGGACGAAGUCCAGCAGCUUGAUGGGCAUAACCAGGAAAGUGUUCAAACUGUUGGACCAGUACAACAUUCACCUGACGGCUCACCACAUACCAGGGAGAUUCAAUGGGGAAGCGGACCAUAUAUCUCGACUCAGGACCGAUCCAGAAUGGCACCUUCUUCCCGAGGUAACCCAAGUCAUAUUUCAAAAAUGGGGAGUGCCCCUUGUCGAUCUGAUGGCAUCGAAAUCAGCUCAUGUGGUACCCCAGUAUGUCAGUCUGGACAUGUUGGAUCAGAAGGCACUCUUUCACGAUGCCUUCAGCAGAAAUUGGGACUUCCCUCUAGCAUGGGUCUUUCCUCCGCCGUUCCUAAUUCCGAAAGUACUUUCUCACCUGAAUUCUGCCAAAGGGACCUAUCUGAUUGUAGCUCCCAAAUGGGAGAAAGUAUUUUGGAAACCAGACAUACGGAACAGAUCCCUGAGCCCUCCUUUCACAAUACACCGCCUGCACCGGGUCCUAGUAGAUACGCUUACGGGUCUACCUCCCAAGAAAGUCCACGAAAUGACUCUUCAAGUCUGGAGAUGUGGGGGUGGACUUGUAAAUUAA